GGCGUGGUCUAACAGUGGAGGACCGGCAACAGCGAACAUGGAGGUUUAGUUGUCGCCUUGUGUCCGUUGGAGAAGGAGGGUCUCACUGACGCGCAUUUUAUUUUCACUUUUCCUUUGUUAUACUUUGUUUUUUCGCCUUCUGUUCGGGCUUCGACAUGGAGAUGAAGAAGAGGAUUAGUCUGGAGCUGAGGAACAGAAAUCCAGCCGAGGUGGCCGAGCUGGUGGUGGAUAACUGUCGCUCCAGCGACGGUGAGGUGGAAGGACUCACGGACGAUUACACGGGGUUGGAGAUCCUCAGCAUGGUGAACGUCGGCCUCAGCUCGCUCUCCAAACUGCCCUCACUGCCCAAACUACGCAAGUUGGAGGUGAGCGAUAACACCAUCUCGGGGGGUCUGGACGCGCUGGCGGAGAAAUGUCCCAGCCUGACCUACCUGAACCUGAGUGGGAACAAGAUCAAGGAUCUGAGCACCAUCGAGCCUCUGCAAAACCUGAAGAACCUGAAGAGCCUGGACCUGUACAGCUGUGAGGUCUCGGCGCUGGACGACUACAGAGAGGGCGUCUUCGAGCUGCUCCCUCAGCUCACUUACCUGGACGGGUUUGACGAGGAAGACAAUGAGGUGCCCGACUCCGAGGCCGAGAACGAUGAGGAUGAUGAAGCUGGCCCGCCGGGAGAUGACGAUGAUGAAGAUGACGAUGAGGAUGAGGAAGGCUCUGAGGGAGACGAGGACGAGGUCGGUCUGUCGUACCUGAUGAAGGAGGGAAUCCAGGAUGAAGAGGACGAUGGAGACUACGUCGAGGAGGACGAAGAGGACGAGGAGGAAGAAGAGGAUGGAGAUGAGGACGGCGCCGCUGUUCAGGGCGAGAAGAGGAAGAGAGACGCCGAUGAUGAAGGUGAAGAUGACGACGACGAGUAGUCCAACCACCUUCGUACGCUAUAUCGUCUGACACCCCCGCCUCCCCCCGCCCCUCCCCACCUCCACCUGACCCUGGCAGGACGUGGUUUUGGAGCUCCAGACAAACGGGAAGCUGAGAUCAGGCUCAUCGCUGUCCUUCACUGCGGUGAUGUCACUCCUCCGCCGGUCAGCUGGUCAGCAGGAAGUCGAUAACAGAGCUCAGAAAUGCACCGCGUUCCCUCAGACAUGUCACGCACAGAUAUGGAAUUCAGGAAAAUCAUGAAGGACAAAAAAAAUAGGAACACCUCAGCAGCUCCUCAGUCUGCUCCAGAUUCAUCACCUCCUCAUCCUCAGCACCCGCCGACUGCUCAUCACACAGACAGCAGAGGGCGGCCACACGCCAUUCCUCACCCCUGUGAUACGAAUAUUUAACAAUCCCAGGAACGCCCUACGUGAUUGGUGUUUAUCUAAAUGAUGUCAUCGUAGUCUAAGGAGCUUGGAAAGAAAAGCGUCUGGACUGCAGAGGGCAGAACUGAAGAAGCUUCUCAGAUGAGAGGUGAAACAUCUUCAAGCCGCUUAAAGUCCAGACGCUUUUCUUUCCAAGCUCCUUAGACAUCACAGUGAUGAUGUCAUCAGCGGUGGUGACGGGAAAUCAAUUAGGGUCUGAAAACAUUUCAUUUUCCCGUCAGCUCGCUAUAAGAGCCCCACGCGCUACUGGUGAUGUCAUCACAAAGCCACACCCAUUAACGCGUUUUUGGAUUUUGGGGGAGGGUUUUAAAUCACCACAUCUCGGGGUGUGAUGGGUGGCGGCGUCUCCGUCUGUAAUCUGUGGAGCGUCUGCGCUGAUGUCACUUAACACACGCUCGCGUCUUGGACCCGUUGAUGGUCUUAAAGUCUCUAAAACCCUCGUUGGGGGCGUGGUCAUGAUGUUCUGUCAUUGAUCUGUUUUAAACUAUCGGUCGGUCAAUCGAGUGUUUUUAUUUGGCUUUAUUGAUCUGAAACGAGUCAGCUGUUUCCUUUGUUUUCAUUCAGUUUUUAUCUGCAAAAAAAAGGAAAAAUAAACAGGAAGUGACCUGCAGCGGCGGGCUGUCAGCUGAUUGGUGGGCUGGUAUCUGGAAUCACACUACAGCGCUGUCAGACUGUCUGCCUAGAGAACGCGGUGUGUUCCUGUCUCUCCUUUAUUGAUUAUUGAUCAGCUGGAAGGCGGAGCUCCUCCCAGUCAACCCAGUUCUCCUGAGCCUGUGACUCCAGACACUACACUACCCAUGAUUCUCAGCAGCUGAUUGCGCCAAACAUGGAUCCAGAGUUGCCCUCCUCUCUGCUCUCUGAUUGGAUGAAUCCAAAGCAGUGCACUCUGGAAAUUGUAGUUGGCUCCUCCCCUAAGCUUUUUUUCUUCAUUCUUUUAAAUUGACUGUUACUGUUUUAACCCCGCCCCUGUCACCUGUGGGUCUGUGGCCUCCCUUCCCACCAUCACGGGUCCCUGUGUAAAUAGAAGUGAACUGGUCUCUGUAGGUUUGUGCUGUCGUCCGUUUGGCCUGAUCUGUCGUGUUAAGUUUGGAAGCGUGAAGCUGGAGCGAUGCUCCUCCUCCUCCGUAAUUUUAUUUUUUUAUUCCUGUGUUCUGAUCGUGUUGCUGUAACCAGAGUGUUUUUGAAUAAAAUGACUGAAAUCUC